UUCUCUCCCACUCCACUCCACUCGUGCAUCGGCCAUGGCUGACGCGAUCGGCGGUGGCGGGAGGCGGCGCCGGCUGAGGGUGUUCUUCCUCCCCUUCUUCGCGAAGGGACACCUGAUUCCCAUGACCGAUCUCGCGUGCCGCAUGGCGGCGGCGGGGCCCGAGGAGAUGGACGCCACCAUGGUGGUCACGCCGGGCAACGCCGCGCUCAUCGCCACCGCGGUCACGCGCGCCGCCGCGAGGGGCCACCCCGUCGGCGUGCUCUGCUAUCCUUUCCCCGACGUCGGGAUGGAGAGAGGGGUGGAGUGCCUCGGCGUGGCCGCCGCGCACGACGCCUGGCGGGUGUACCGCGCCGUCGACCUGUCGCAGCCCAUCCACGAGGCGCUCCUCCUCGAGCACCGCCCCGACGCCAUCGUCGCCGACGUGCCCUUCUGGUGGGCCACCGACAUCGCCGCCGAGCUCGGCGUCCCGCGCCUCACGUUCAGCCCCGUCGGCGUCUUCCCGCAGCUCGCCAUGAACAACCUCGUCACGGUGCGCGCCGAGAUCAUCCGGGCCGGCGACGCCGCCCCGCCGGUGCCCGUGCCGGGCAUGCCAGGGAAGGAGAUCUCCAUCCCGGCGUCCGAGCUGCCCAACUUCCUGCUCCGGGACGACCAGCUCUCCGUCUCCUGGGACCGGAUCAGGGCGUCCCAGCUCGCCGGCUUCGGCGUCGCCGUCAACACGUUCGUCGACCUGGAGCAAACGUACUGCCACGAGUUCAGCCGCGUCGACGCGCGCCGCGCCUACUUCGUCGGCCCGGUCGGCAUGUCGUCGAACACCGCCGCGCGCCGCGGCGGCGACGGCAACGACGAGUGCCUGAGGUGGCUGUCCACCAAGCCGAGCCGGUCCGUGGUGUACGUCAGCUUCGGGAGCUGGGCCUACUUCUCGCCGCGGCAGGUCCGCGAGCUCGCGCUGGGGCUGGAGGCGUCGAACCAUCCGUUCCUGUGGGUGAUCCGCCCCGAGGACUCCAGCGGCCGGUGGGCGCCGGAAGGGUGGGAGCAGCGCGUCGCCGGGCGCGGCAUGGUGGUCCACGGGUGCGCGCCGCAGCUGGCCGUGCUGGCCCACCCGUCGGUGGGCGCCUUCGUGUCGCACUGCGGGUGGAGCUCGGUGCUGGAGGCGGCGUCCGCCGGCGUGCCGGUGCUGGCGUGGCCGCUGGUGUUCGAGCAGUUCAUCAACGAGCGGCUGGUCACCGAGGUGGUGGCGUUCGGCGCGCGCGUGCGGGGCGGCGGGAGGCGGAGCGCGAGGGAGGGCGAGCCGGAGACGGUGCCGGCGGAGGCGGUGGCGCGCGCGGUGGCCGGGAUCAUGGCGCGCGGCGGCGACGGGGACAGGGCGAGGGCCAGGGCGCGCGUGCUGGCGGAGCGCGCGCGCGCCGCGGUGGGCGAGGGCGGGUCGUCGUGGCGCGACAUCCACCGCCUGAUCGACGAUCUGACGGAGGCCACGGCCUCCCCGGAGCCGCAGUUGCAGUAGAUCCGAAGAUCUCAUCUGAGACAGAUUAAUAAGAUAGGAUUUGUAGCUUCCCUUUACUUGUCGCUAAUUCGUAUGCACUCUGUAAUGGUCUUUAUGAAUACAUUUCUUAAUAGUUGCUUGAAUAUCUAUCUGUGUUUUUAACACAAGAGAUCAAAGUUUGCUCGGUGAAUUUUCAGCUGGCAAACCAACAAACCAUUUCAAUCUUCAA